AUGGUCAGUAAAUACACUGCAAAUGCAAUGAAGAGACAUGAUAUAUUAACUAGUAGCAAUUUCGAGAGAAAUAAAAAAUAUAGAGUAAAUGAUACCAAAAUUAUGCCAAUUUUUGAGCCUUCAGGUUUACUUGAAAGUGAAUCGAACAAGAGGGAAGGCUUUGCUUCAAAACAUGUCGAACCCGCAGACUCUAUUGUUCCUAUACACUAUUGGAAUGAGAGGAAAAUAACAGUUGCAGAUAGACCUAUAAUUAAGAGUAUUCUUUACAAACAAGGUAUUAAAAAACCUUUAAGAGAAUUCUACCUAGACGACAAAAACCAUUAUAUAAUCGGUAGAUUGCUGGAUACAAGCAUCAAAGAUAAGAACAAUGAAGAAAAAGAUUCGUUGAUGCAGGAUAUCCCUAUUCCCGACGAAGGGUGCUCAAAAGAACAUUGUGUAAUACAGUUCAGGCAAAAGCAUGACAAACUACUUCCUUAUAUUCUAGAUCUGAAUUCCUCCAACGGAACAUGUUUAAAUGGGACCCUUAUACCAAAAUCGAGAUAUAUAGAAUUGCGUAACGCAGACAGCAUUACGUUCUCAGAAUUUCCAGAGGAUUCAGAGUACGAACUUAUAUUCAUAAAUAGUCAGCUAUAA